AGGAAUAAAAAGGUAAAUAAUUGGAGAAGAUUCCAACCUGCUCCAAUUCCAUUCCACUUAAAAUGGCAGAACGCAGGACGGCAACGUUGCUGCAUCGCGUCGCUGCCAUCGUCGGUUGAAGUCAGCAGCCCGCCAGCGGACGGAGAUGACGGCGGGCGGCGACUUCCGCUUCCCCCCUUUCUGUUCUCUUUCCUUUUUCUCGGGCGCCGUUUCCUCCACAUUCCAUCCUGCGAUUGACGGCGUGCCACGGUUGUUAGGGCUCCCCUGCUUCCUCAGGCUCAGGAUAACGUUAUUUUAUGUUGUCAUUUACCUCCUCAUUCUAUAGGCAUAUUGUUAUGUGAUGCCCGCCGUCGCUGCCGCUUUCGCCGUAUCGCCAACCCCACCGAACCGGUGUCCCCCGCAUAUUCCCUAUCCUGGCCUCACCACCACUAGGCGCCCGGUCGAUUCCCCGCCGACCCCCAUAUCGAGGCCUUCCUCUUCUUCCCCCUUCUUCUAUCUCAGUCUCAAAGGCCGCUCCCUCCUCGCCCUCGUCUGCUUCCGCCUGCCUUCCCGUCGCCGCCUUCCCACAGAGAUGGAAAGCAACGGUGUUAUGUCGGGAAAGACACCUGAUUUAGUUCUUUCUUCUUCAUAUGAGGCUGCUAUGAGGGCCCUUUCCUCCCUAAUUAGUGGUCGCAAACGUGGAGAACCACCAAAGAGGGAUAAGAAGUUGGAUUUGAUAUUUAAUUAUUUAAAGAUAAUAGGUGUGGAGAAAAGCUUACCCGAACUUAAGAUUAUCCACAUAGGAGGAACUAAAGGAAAGGGUUCAACAUGCACAUUUUGUGAAGCUAUUUUACGUGAAUGUGGUUUCCGAACGGGACUAUUCACAUCUCCUCAUCUAAUGGAUGUCAGAGAAAGAUUUCGAAUUAAUGGGUUAGAUAUCUCCGAAGAUAAGUUUUUGUAUUACUUUUGGGAUUGUUGGAACCUAUUGAAGGAGAGUGUGGAUGAGGAUUUGCCGAUGCCUCCAUUAUUUCAGUUCCUAACUGUGUUGGCAUUUAAGAUAUUUGUAUCUGAAAAGGUUGAUGUUGCAAUUAUUGAAGUAGGUCUUGGGGGAAGAUUUGACUCAACAAAUGUGGUAAAGGAGCCUGUUGUUUGUGGAAUAACUUCGCUUGGAAUGGAUCACAUGGAGAUUUUAGGAGAUACCAUUGGACAAAUUGCUUCAGCAAAGGCUGGGAUUUUCAAGCCGCAUGUUCCUGCAUUCACAGUACCCCAACUUCCGGAGGCAAUGCUUGCUCUUGAGGAGAGGGCAUCUGAGUUAAUGAUUCCUUUGACAUUUGCUUCCCCACUUGAUCCAUCAGUGAUGAAUGGAUUAACGCUUGGAUUAGCUGGAGAUCACCAGCUCAUAAAUGCUGGUCUUGCUGUUGCUCUUUGCACAAGUUGGCUUCAGAGAACCGGGCAUGCAGAACUCACUCCUAAUGAUAACCCAGAAGAAGGCUUACCAGUAGGAUUUCUCAGAGGCCUUUCCACUGCCAGACUUGGUGGACGAGCUCAAACUAUUAUUGACAAGCCAAAAAUGCUUGAGCAGAUCCCAUAUGGAAAUUCUGGUGAUCUGAUCUUUUACUUGGAUGGUGCUCAUAGUCCAGAAAGCAUGGAGGUUUGUGCUAGGUGGUUCUCCAGUGCUGUAGGAGAAGCCCAGCAGUUUGUGAAGAAUGGAUUUGUGAAAGAACUUGGAUAUUCUAGUUUGUAUGAGAAUAAGCAUUCUAGUGAAUCUAAGAAAGCAUCUAAGAAGAUUCUUUUGUUUAACUGCAUGGAGAAGAGAGACCCUCAACUUCUGCUUCCACCACUUGUCGACAUAUGUGCUUCAAAUGGUGUCCAUUUCUCAAAAGCUCUUUUUGUUCCCAGCAUGUCGGUGUAUCAUAGAGUUGAUUCUGGGUCAUCAAUUGUAGCACCUAAUACUCCUGCAAAUUUGUCAUGGCAGUCCACCCUCCAAAGAACUUGGGAUAAAUUAAUCCAAGAAAAAGAUUUAGUCAAUGAUAAUGGUUCCAAGAUGCAGAAGCUUGGGAAAACUCAUGAAGAUUUCACUGGAGAGCCUCUGGAAAAGUGUGUUCCUGUUCUUAAAGAUCUUUCUCCCAGUGCAGUAGUUCCAUCUUUACCGUUGGCUAUAAGAUGGUUGAGAGACUAUGCAAAGGACAACCCUUCUCUUCAUCUUCAGGUUCUUGUCACAGGAUCAUUGCAUUUGGUGGGUGAUGUCUUGAAGCUUUUGAGAAGAUGAUCUCAACAUUAAGCCUCACACUCAAACAUUCAGGCAAUAUUCUUUUCAUGCAUGCAACAUGAUGGAAAUUGCACUGUUUGAUGGAUUAUAUGGUGGUCUCUUUGAGCCAUCAGAAUCUUUCUAAUUCAAUUAUUUUUGCAAGAUUGAUCGGUUCUGGUUAUCUUGCCAACUGUGUGAAGCAGAUUUAAGUUGUUCAUGGCUCUGGCAAUAAUUCUCAGAAAUGGAGCUAAAGUUAAUCAUAAAGCAUGGGGAAUAAUCAUGUGAAACCCAGAAACAGAACUUCAUUUCCAGAAAUCAAGAAUGUACUUCUGUCAGUGGACAAGAUGUUCAAAGAAUCAAGGUACGCUUGUGUUCCUUGCCAGAUGGCAUAAAGAUUGUGUGUAGAUUAUAGCAUGGAAAUAACUUCUGUCGUAUUAGUUACAUUGUUGAUUUAUACAAUUUACUCCAAAGCAUAUUAGUUCUACUGUUUGUUUAAA